AACACGGAGGAAACAGGAACACAACGGGGCUGUCUCCGGCUGUUUAUGGCACAAAUCACGGCUGUAUUCUGCCGGAUAGCGAGUAAGGAAAAUCCUCCAGGACUGUAGCGGGGGGAUUCGCCGCUUUUAAGGCCGGGACUGGAGCUUCGACUGCCGGGGAGAGACGCCAACUCUAACGGGGUGUUGGUCGGACCGGAGCGAGACGAGAAGAAGAGACGCAGGGGGAGACACAUGGACACAUGGACACAUGGAGACACCAGUGUGAACAACUAUCUCAAGCUUAGUUAAACAACGCUAAGCUAAGCUAAGCUAAGCUAAGCUAGGAGACCUCCAGAACCAUGGCUGGGACGCUGUUAAAUUUAUCAUCCAACAGGCGCAUCAUCGCGGGCCUGCUGGUCAACCUGCUGUCCUCCAUCUGCAUUGUCUUUAUCAACAAGUGGAUCUACGUCCACUACGGCUUCCCCAACAUGACGCUGACCCUCGUUCACUUCGUGGUCACCUGGCUGGGACUCUACAUCUGUAACAAAAUGGACAUUUUCUCUCCAAAAAGCCUCCCCGUCCGCCGGAUAGUGUGGCUGGCUCUGAGCUUCUGUGGGUUUGUGGCCUUCACUAACCUUUCCCUGCAGAACAACUCAAUAGGAACGUACCAGCUGGCGAAAGCCAUGACCACACCCGUCAUCAUCCUCAUCCAGACCACCUACUACAAGAAGACCUUCUCCACCAAGAUUAAACUGACGCUGGUGCCCAUCACAUUAGGCGUGAUAUUGAAUUCCUAUUUUGAUGUGAGGUUCAACCUGCUGGGGACGGUGUUCGCCACGCUGGGUGUUCUGGUGACGUCUCUUUACCAAGUGUGGGUGGGAGCUAAACAACAUGAGCUCCAGGUGAACUCCAUGCAGCUUCUGUACUAUCAGGCCCCCCUGUCGUCGGGCUUCCUGCUCUGCGUCGUUCCCGUGUUUGAGCCUCUGACUGGAGACGGAGGAAUAUUUGGACCCUGGUCUCUACCUGCUCUGGUGACGGUGUUGUUCUCGGGUGUGGUGGCGUUCCUCGUCAACCUGUCCAUCUACUGGAUCAUUGGAAAUACCUCGGCUGUCACCUACAACAUGUUUGGUCAUUUUAAAUUCUGCAUCACUCUGAUUGGAGGAUACCUGCUCUUUCACGACCCGCUGUCACUCAACCAGGCUUUGGGCAUCCUCUGCACUCUGGCAGGCAUCCUGUCUUACACUCACUUCAAGCUGAAUGAACAGGAGGAGGGGAAGAGCCGCCUUGCUCAAAGACCAUAGGCUGACUUUCCUGUCAAUCAACUGCACCGACUCCUGCAGUUUGCCCCAGGCUGAAGACUAUAUAUAUAUAUUUUUAAGAGUAUUUUUCUAGCAGAGUGAAGGUUUUCAUCGCUGAUCCCCGACAUGUCGACACAUCCUCUUCUCCUCCCGUGGCUUUUUACCCAACAACACUGAUGUUGAAAGGGAAACUCAUCGCACCGGCAGCUGGAAAAUGAAAAGCUUUUUGGGGAACUUAGUGAUACUAAAAAUCAGACAAUACCAACUUUGUUUUCAUCCAAAGCAGAUAAAAGAGCGUGCUCUCUCACGCCCUGUUUGACGGAUCUGAUGACCUUUGAUAAAUUUAGUAACCAAUCAAAAGGAGGCUACAGGUAUGUCGUCAUAGGGUGGGCGGAGUUAAAGGUGCACUAUGAGUUCUUCCUGCAUGAUUUCAGUCUUGUCUCAAAAAUUAUAGGAAAUCAUACCUAAUGUUUGAGUUAGAAAAGCAAAAAUUAGGAAUUAUUGAGAUUAAAAGUAAAGGAAUGGAUGUUGAUGAUAAUCACAGACUGGAAUAUGUCAACUUUUAUUCAAUACUGUUUCAAAACUACUUCAAUUUGUUUUUCAAAUGCUAUAAAAUUGAAUAAGACCCAAAAUUAAUGAAAGUAGAGAUUUGUACUUGGCAAAGAGCGUUGGGUGGAAUCAAUCGUGUAAUUUUGGGGAAUUAAAAAGAACACUGAUGUAGGAAAACGGGGCAAUGUGACCCGAGGACAACAUGAGGGUUAAGGGAUUUGUCAUUUAAUGAAAAAAAUCGUAGCUUUAAAGUGACAGUUGCUUUAUGAUUUUUUUUAAUAACUGCUUGGCUGCACCAUUCAAGAGCUGUAUUACACAAAUGCCACUGGGCAAAUGAAAAGAGAGCCUGUGUUCAAAUCCUUUUUUAGUGAGUUUAAACUGUUUAUAUACACAUAGUGUAUCCUCUAAUAUACCUCGACGCUGACUGAGAACCAUCGUCAAACGACUUUCAAGCUGUCUCUGUAGAUGAUUUCAACAGACACCUGCCAACCGAUCAAACUGGAUUUUCCACAAGUUGUUGUAUAUUUAACCCUUGUGUUGUCUUCCCAUCGACCUGCAACUUUGGGUUUUUCUGGGCCGAAAUUUUGACAAUUUGACAAAAAAAUUUUUCUACACAUUUGUCAAUGUUUUUGUAGAUUUUUCUUCUCCAAUUUUUUUUGUCACUUUUAUUAUGUUUUUGCAGUUUGUUUUAACAAGUUUUCUUCUCACAUUUACCAAUUCUUUUUUUUAUCACUUCUUUUUAACAAGUUUUUGUCACCUUUUGGCAAAUUUUUCCAAUUUUGUUUGGUCACUUUUUUCAGCUUAAAAAAAACCAAAUGUUUUUGUUGAUUUUUCCUGCAUUUUUUUUUUUUUUUUUACUUUUUACAAUAUCCUUUGGUCAUAGUUCUGAUAAAAUGAAGGUGGAAAGGCCUAAAAUAAUUCUUUUGUAAACGACCCCGAGGACAACAGGAGGGUUGAUGCAAUGUUUCCCAAAAUGAGGGCGACCAAAUGAGACUUGAUGAAAAUUGGGAUACUGUAGUUUUGGGGGUAGGCGUGGGGGGCCUUUUAGUACGUUGCAUUCAGUGCCAGAGAAUAGUAUCAGUAAAUUUCAAGACUCAAAUGUAUUAUCAAAUGUAUUGUUUUUGUUCAUGAACAUGAAGUCAACUGUCCGUCGUGACUGCUCUGUGUAACAGUGUGACGCCGCCUCACCUCUGCAAAGACCCAAAUUCUUCCCUGCAGACUUUGCAACAUGCUUUGUUUGGAUCUGGUAACGUAACCAGGAUGGUUUUUACACUUCGGCUUGAUGUGCACCCGGCCUCGGGGACACCAGGCUCCCCAUCGGAGAUGGACGGUUUAAUUUCCUUCUGUACAUGAUUUCAAUCAGUGUUAGUUUUAUUCUUCUCUUAGUUUUAUUGUGCUACUUAGUCACACUCUGUGUAACUUAAAUUUACGUUUCUCUUAAUUUUAUUGUUAUCUGUAGACAUUUUUUAUUACACAACUUGUUGAACGAUGACGACGACGAUGACGACGAUGAUGAUGAUGAUGAUGAUGAUGGUUGUGUCUAGCCGGUAGCUAGCUGAAGUUUACAGAUUCUGAUUUCUACUCCAGAGCCAAGCUUUCACCAUUUGUCAUUUCUUCUGCACUUCAGUGUGUUGAACAUACUCAGUCUGCUGAAUAAAAACUGAUGUGACU